AUGUUCUUCCGCCUGGACUACGACAACUCAGGAGAGGUUUCCAGAGAAGAAAUUGCGGCCAUAGCUCCCAGAGAACAGCAGAUGCUGCGAGAGCUCACCGGCUUUGAUGAUGCAGUGGAGCUCUUCGAUGCGCUGGAUCUACAAGAGACUGGCGAGAUUGGCAUCGAAGAGUUCUGCCAGGGGCUUUGGCAGGUUGCUGUGUCGGAAAGUCCUCUGGAAAUCAAGCGCAUGCAGAAGCAAGUGGAACAUAUCAAGCACCAUGUGGCAAAGUAUAUGACCGAGACGGAAAGGAUGAAGUGUCUUGGACAUGAAAUAACGUCCACGGACUCUGCAGUAGAAGAGGUUCACAUGUACCGUAAGCGAGAGAAGCAUGCAGCAUAA